AUGUCUCUUCCUCCUUCGGCGUUGAACCAGAAGAGUAACCGAGUUUACUCGGUGGCAAGAGUGUAUCAGGAUGCCUGUACCAAUCGGCCUCAGGACUAUUGGGACUACGAACAGGGCGUCACAGUGGACUGGGGCAAAAUUGAGCACUACGAAAUCGUCAACAAAAUCGGCAGGGGUAAGUACUCAGAGGUGUUCAGGGGCAAAAGCGUGGUGAACGACCAGUACUGCGUCAUCAAAGUUUUGAAACCCGUGAAGCUCAAGAAGAUCUACAGGGAACUGAAGAUUCUCACGAACCUGACAGGCGGGCCCAACGUGAUUGGACUGCUUGACAUUGUGCAGGACCCUGGGUCGAAGAUCCCAGCACUGAUUUUCGAAGAGGUGCGAAAUGUGGAUUUCCGCACGCUGUAUCCAAAAUUUACGCUGCGCGACGUGCAAUUUUACUUUUCGGAGCUGCUGGUGGCACUGGACUAUUGUCACUCGAUGGGAAUCAUGCACCGGGAUGUGAAGCCGCAAAACGUGAUGAUCGACCCUGUAGAGCGCAAACUGCGGCUCAUCGAUUGGGGGCUCGCGGAGUUUUAUCACCCGGGCGUCGACUAUAAUGUGCGGGUCGCUUCGCGAUACCACAAGGGUCCAGAGCUGCUAGUGAAUUUAAACCAGUACGACUACUCGCUAGACCUAUGGUCAGUUGGGUGCAUGAUAGCGGCCAUCGUGCUGAAGAAGGAACCAUUUUUCAAGGGCAGCACAAACCCGGAUCAACUAGUAAAGAUUGCACGUGUGUUGGGCACCAACGAGCUGCUAGCGUACCUACGCAAAUACGGGCUCAAGCUGCCUCACGAGUACGACAAUAUCAUGAAGGAUUUCCCUCGCAAGGACUGGUCGGAAUUUGUAUCGCACGACACGCCCAUGGCCUCAGCUGAAGUGAUGGAUUUGAUCGACAAGCUGUUGAGAUACGACCAUCAGGAAAGACUUACUGCGAAAGAGACGCUGGAGCAUGGAUUUUUUAAAGCUGAUUAUAAGAAAUAA